GCAGGAGUGACGCUGUCGUCAAAACACUUGCACCUUCCUCGUAAUCUAACUCUGUACCGUAGCGUAGCCAUAGCCGUAUCCAAAUACGCUCGCUCAAACUCCACACCUCUGCUCCCACCUGCCCCUGUUCUCCAUCAGUCCGCUCAUGUCCCAGUCCAUCUUCGACUAAGCCGUCCGCCAUGGCCGCUCCCGAUGACCUUGACAACGGCCUGCAACCCAGCCUACAACCUGUCGGCCGCCCACUAGACCUCGUGCCUGUCCAGCUGAAAGAAGCUGCCCUCGACUCACCCACCUUCCGUGCUAUUGCUGUCCACUACGCCAACCAGGUCGAAGGCAUCGAAAAAUGGCUCCGCGACUAUGUCAAGCAGUCUCAGAAGUUUGCCGACCGCUUCGCCCAGAUCCAGAAAGAGUUCGACAACUUUGAUCGCUUCCCUCCACCGCCGCCGGAGAACCUCAGUCAGGCUGUCCUUGAUCACGACUAUACCCUGCUAGCCAUCACACGCUAUAGCCAAAACACCAACCAAUACUUGCAUUGGGUCUUCAACAAUGUCGCCCGCUCACGUCAGACCAUGAUUGACCCUCUCUUGCGCUUCAUCGAUGGCACCGACAGUCCUCUUCGGCAGUUCAACCAAGCUCGCAAGGCCCUGGAAAGAACCCAGGCAAUCUUUGACGCCGAGAUGACCAGAUAUCUUGCCCAGGCCAAGACAAAGGAGGCUUCCUCUUUGCGCGAGGAUGCCUUUAAGCUGCAUGAGGACCGAAAGGCCUACCUCAGAGCUUCCAUGGAUUACUGUAUCAUGGCCCCGAAUCUUCGCAAUUCGCUAGAUCAGCUUCUCAUCAAGGUCUUUUCUGAUCGUUGGAAGGAUUUCCGUGGCUACCGUGAUGCAACUUCAGCCAACUUCCAGAAAUGGGGCUCGGAAUUGGAACGUAUUCGUGGCUGGUCCAAGGUCAUGCACGAAUCCGAAUCAGCAUUCAAGCGUGAACUCAUGUUGGCCCGUCGUCAACUCGAGGACUCGGCUGAGAUGAAAGCUCGCCCUUCUCGUGAGAUGGACGAUUAUGCUGCGUCCACCGUACCAUAUCUCGGUUCUGGUGCCCCUGCGUCACCCGUCAAACCUACCUUCACCAAACCUGAGAAGCAAGGUUGGCUAGUCCUAAAGACUGUUCCUCCCAAACCUGCCAGACCGUCCUGGUCGCGACGCUGGUUUGUCGUAAAAAAUGGCAUCUUUGGUUGGCUCGUCCAAGGUAGUGUCUCGGGCGGUGUGGAGGAGAGCGAAAAGAUCGGUGUCUUGCUCUGCAGUGUUCGUCCUGCCGUUCAAGAAGAGCGCAGGUUCUGUUUUGAGAUCAAAACCAAGGAUACGAGUAUCAUUCUCCAAGCAGAGACUCAAGGCGAACUGUUGGAAUGGAUCAACGCGUUUGAGAGUGCGAAGCGCAAAGCCCUCGAGGAGCCCAGGGGCAAUUCCUCUAUUCAGACUCCUGGUUCUGACCCUGCCUUUGCCAUAAGCCCACCUGUCGACCCUUCCUUUGCUGCAAAGUUGACUGAUAGUCUGGCUCACUCCACGGAUGAGUUCGGCGCGUCAUUAUCUCCACCAGAGCUCGCACUGGCCAGCAGAAGCAGCUUCGAUGUCAACCCAUCGAGAAGAUCGACAAUGGUGGACCCGGAAGGAGGCCGUGACACUGCAAAUAGAAUCAUCCAAAAGCUCGAUUUGCAUAGAAGAGCCACAGCAUUGUCAGGGAAUCAACCUGCCCCAGCUGGCGGUAUUGCAAGUCUGCUUUCUGCCAGCCACAGUAUUCUUCCUAUUGGACCGGGUGCUACACCUAAUUCACCAAAACCAGGAGAGCACCAUCGAUCAUUCACCAUGCCCGCCACCAGCAGCUUCGCUCCCGUCACCCUUGCUAAUCCUCCUGCACCAACCAACCUCAGUAGACGAGCCGUCGCAGUAAGUGGCCAGCGUGCCUCGAGCGGCAAGUCCGAUACUUCAGCCAUGCCUAGCAGUCUCAUGGCAAAUCUCUGGGGCUCGUCGAAUUGGGUCAACAUCAAUCGACUCGGUCGUGACGAACCGAAGCCUGGAUUCAUGUCGAGACCUGCCGCCAAGUCUGUUGGCCAAUACCACGACGAUAUGGCAAUUAUGGAAGGCAUGGAGCCACCAAAAGAUCUGAAGAUUGCAGAGAUUGGACCAAAUGUAACUCCAGGUCGCAUUUCACAUCGCAAAACAAUCAGUGCAGGCGAUGCUCUCGACUCGCCUUCGCAGUCUAGACUGCCGCUUGUCCCGCUUGACGGAUCACAUACAGACUAUCCAGUGUCACUCAAGACAGAUGAUGUGCUUGUGCUUAAAGAACAUGAUGCCGAGUUCCAUGUUCUCUUCUCGUCCGUUCCCCGCUCUGAGAAGGUCAUUCUCGUCUUUACCGCCAUGUGGAAUCCAAACGAGCAGCAAGAAUUCCCAGGUCGCAUCUAUGUGACCACGGAAAAGAUUUACUUCUACAGCAAUCACUUCGGAAUGGUUCUUGUUGCUGAAAUUAGCCUGUCUUCAAUCACAGAGGUCACUGCUGCUCCGGGAAGAGAAAGUGAAUGCGACUAUCUGUUCUUGCACCUCAAGGAAAGUAAGACCGAUUUCAGACGUGUUACUGUCAAAACCUUCUUGGAUGCUUUGAGGCCUCUACAACGUAGGCUUGAUUAUCUUGUGCAGUCUGCAAACUCUGGAAGUCGUGUCUCGCUAGAAGAGGUCUUUGCAUCAUUCUCACGAAUUGCCACUGAAGAUUCCAAAGAACAGUCCAACUUGCAAGACUGGGAUGACGACUUGAAUUCUCCGACCGACAAUGAUCUCAGAGUCACUAGGCGCCGUUCAAGGGAUCUCAGAGCAAACUUGCGCAUCGAUGGUACACUCUAUGGAGAGUCGGUGGCACGAACUGGCAGAGAAGUCACCAAGUUCAAGUUGCCUUCUCAGCCUGUGUUAUACAAACCAAAGGAUAUGGGCGACGCUGUCCUUGCUCAGGACUUUAGCAUCAGCGCAAAGGCAUUGUUCCACGUCAUGUUUGGAGAUAGAAGCGCAGUUUUCCAGAUGCUGUACAAGAACCGCCCGAUCGACAAUAUUCUCCAAACACCUUGGACGCAGCCUACAGAUGGACAAUUGUCGAGGCAAUUGAUUUGUACCAUCGGUGCCAACCAAGAGAUUGAUAGACAGACACUCGAUGUGUCCAACGAUCACCUCUGCUAUGUUGUGACUCAGACGCAAUCGCCCUGGCAUCUACCCAUGUCCAAGAACUUCCUCUUGCUUAGCAAAUUCGUUAUCACACACUCUGCAAAGUCAAAGUGCAAGCUUGCUAUCUUCAACAAGGUGGCUUGGAACGGUGAUGCUGGACUGAAUGACAGGCUUUCCAUGUCGCAACGUCUUGUACAAAAGCAAGCUCUGCGGGACUAUCAAGCUGACGCUGUUGAUCUAGCCGCCGUGAUUACAGAUCAAGUCUCAAAGUUGGGUGCGCACAGCACCAAUAAAGCUGCACAAAUAUUUGGUUCUGUCGGCCAAAGCACACAAACCAGUCAGGUCUCCGCAGUCGAUCUGCCUUCAACCUCCAUCAGUCGCACAAGAAGAAAGGUCAAGAUUCGUACCCUCUUCAACCUCUACACCGACGAACUGCUUGCACAAGCAUUCCGCCUAUUCACCAUGUUGAUUGACAUCUUCAUUGCGAUUGCAAAGUCGGUGGCAGGUGUUGUUUCGGCACACAAAAUUCUGGUCCUGCUUCUUGCACUUAGUGCAGCUUACAAUACCUGGUAUGGCUACCGAGAUGGGCUUGCAUGGUACGAUGAACGUAAUGCUGGGAAGUUCAUGGCCAGAAUUGGUGUGAGGCCGGAUCCUACUGUCACGAGAGCAGUCUAUCUAAGCGACAUUGAAGAGCUCGUGUCUCCUACUGUCAUGAGUACCGUUGGGAUAAACUCUACAGUCUCAAACGAUACUGACGUAGCUUGGAACACGUGCCAUGGUACAUUCCGCGAUAUGCUUGUUUCGUCUGAGCUCGAAGCCACGACCAUUGCCAAAGGCUCAGGUAGGCGUUCAGAAGCAAGGCUACAGCGUACACGACAUUCUCUCGCCAGAUACCGACAUGAUCUGCUGGUGGCGCUUCGUGUCAUUAACCGUGUCGAAGAGGAGGUGGUCCAUGCCGAAUGGGAAGAUUGGGUAUUGGAGGAAGAAAGAAAGUGCAAAAAGGUCGAGACCAUGCUGCAGGAACGCAUCAAAAAUGGCAAAGCUCCGAAACAAGACGAAAGCGAUGGGUUAGGGGAUGGGUUUGCAGAGUACUGCCUUAACUGUAAGAGCGAGGCGAGACAGAUCUUGUCGAGCAAGUGACAGCGUGCUGCACUUUUGCCAUGAAUACGAGUUGGAGUGUAUCUCAUCACUACUAUCACUAUAUCAAGCAUGGGUACUGUGCCUCAAUCUUUGGCCGUAACAUCCAGGCCAGAGAAUGUCAUUUCAAAGCAAUUCCGUGCGACCCAAGCAGCAUGUCACUGGCAAUAACGCUUGGUAGAAAGUCGUUCAAAGUCAAUGAUUGGACGCAAUGAGGCGAAGUCCGUUGAGCAAGGCAAACACGUGGGUAGCUCAAGCAGUACAACUGCAAGUCUUCUAGCAACUGUUAUUGGCAUCCGGCAACCUGUGAUCCGGAUGAUCAAGAGAUAAUCGUGUGGUGGGAUUUCUGAGUCCGUUGUUGUUGUCAUCGCUAGGCGUCGAUUGGCUCUGUUCGUCGACGGAUUUUUCGUGGGG